GUGGGAGAAAUGGCGGGUGAUAGCAACAGAGACACAAUGGAGGAUCUGGAGGAUGGAGAGCUCAGCGGCUCCGAUUCAGAGCCCGCAGUGCUGGCAGCUUCAGACCGCGGACACCAGAUGCCUGCAGGAGGAGCCUUUUCAAGUCAGUUUUUCCAGAGCAGAGACGUAGCACAGACAGCUCCAACCAUUAGCAGCUACCGCAGCUCCAUCAGGACUGACUCUAGCGACAGCAACUCUGACUCAGAGGAGGAGGCUGCUCUCUGGAGGCGAAAGCGUCAGAAGUGCUCCAAUGUUCCAGCCCCUGUGCCUCCUGCACCUUUUGGAGGUUCCAGAGCCUCGACGGUGCCCGCAGGCCGUAAGGUGAACAACAUCUGGGGUUCUGUCGUACAGGAGCAGAGUCAGGAGGCUGUUGCGGCCGAACUCGGCAUCUUGGGCAUGGAGGGAGGCGUUAGCAUGGACAGCCGUCAGAGUGAGACGUACAACUACCUCCUGGCGCGCAAGAUGAUGGAAAAGGAGAAGCAGGAGCACCAGGAGGGCAUGGAGGCCAUGUUGGACAGCCAACUAGAGGAAUAUAUGCAACAAGAAGGACAGGAAGAGAAGAGUGACGGCCAUCUUAAGAGGAAGCGGUCGGCCAAGGAAAGGCUGGGCCCUAAAGCUGAGAUGGACUUUAAGGGGCGUUACGAGAUAACACCGGAUGACCCUGAAGACAGAGUGAUCGAUGAGAUAGCACAUAGGUUAAUGGAGCCAAAGAAAGACUUAAUAGAGCGUGUCGUGAGGGUGAUCGGCUCAAAGAAAGCAAUAGAGCUUCUGUCGGAAACUGCAACAAUUGAACAGAGUGGAGGUCUUUACACUGUGGAUGGCAGUAGGAGGCGAACCCCUGGAGGGGUGUAUCUGAACCUGCUGAAGAACACUCCCAGUAUUUCUCAUGACCAGGUCAAGGAAAUAUUUCUUGAGGAGAACCAGAAGGAGUAUAAAAGCAAAAAAGCAGCCAAGAAGCGGCGGAGGCACAUAGUAGCCAAGAAGAUGAAGCAAGCGCUCAACACUUUGAAUCUUCAGGAGCAUGAUGACGUCUCUCGGGAAACUUUUGCCAGCGACACCAACGAGGCUCUGGAGUCUUUGGAGGACGUUCCUGAGGACCAGCCAGAGCCUGCACUGGGCACAGAGGACAGUCCAGUAGUUUAUAACUCAAAUGACUUAGAAGUCUUCUGAUGCAUGUUCUGAUGUGUCUUAGUAAGUGACUGUUUGUCAAGACAGUGGGAAAAUGAGCUUACUGUGUUGUUUUUUUUUCUUUGUUUUUUGUUUUGUUUAUUUUUUUGGUUAAAGCCCACAAUCCACAUGUAAGAUGUUCAGUGAACAGCCUUAUGCUUUAUAUCGUUUAAUAACACCAAUUACAAGGAUGCAUUUGCUCUGUGAUAUCAUAUGUCUGCUAGUAUUAAAUGGCUGUGAACGUUUCCUUACGCCAGUUAAGCCUGGUCGCAGAUUAAAGGAACACUUCGGCAGAAAAUCAAAUCUAUACAGUAAAUCCACUUAUUGUAGUCAGCUGGCAGUGUUUAAUGUCCAGUUGUGCUGAAUCUUUUUUGUUGUUUUGCCCAAUUUCCCAUAGAAUCCAGCUCCACUUUGCUCGCUCAUUUGCUUCACUGAAUAACAUUCAUGAUUUUUGGUUUUUGUUAUAAAAAACGCUUGAAUUUUCUAACUGCAGUGUGUCAGCGUGAUGUGCACACUCAAAGGGUAGCUGGAUUCUGCAGUGGAGCCGGACUUCAGCACAGAAAUGGAAAAGAUUUGAGUAACUAUUGAAUCCUUGAGUUUAUCAACAUUGGCCUCGUGGCUCCAGCACUAAACCAAAGAAGCAAAAUUUGGAUACCAAACAUGUCUUGGCUCAUUGACUACAUCGGGGGUGAGUGGAAAAUUGUGUAAAUUUGAUUUUUUGCCAGACCAUUCCUUUAAACUGAGGUCAUUGUUGAAAGGCCGUGUUGAAAAUCAUACAGUUCAUGCACUGUGCUUCUUGAAAAAUCUACAGUUCAUGGACCAUACUUUGUUUAUCUCUAGAAAAUAACUCCUUUUUUAAGACGACAGAAAUCUAAAGAAUACAUCCAGGCAGUUUUUUAAAAAAUUCACUAAAGCCUGUUUGGCGUGUUACUGUAUGAUGGGUAUGUUCAUUCUUAAAGUUGUUCCUAGACUUGAUGUACUUUAAUACUUACUUCUGUAAGUUCCUGAGCAAAAUAUUCUGCUAAAUAAGAGUCACAGUCAGAGAAUCUGUCAUAAUCCUAGUAGUAAUGUUGAUGCUUAGAGAACAUUGCACUUGUUCUGCCUGCCAUAGACUAAUCCACAAAGCUAACAUGCUUCUGCGUGUUCAUGUACACUAAGCACUCAGCAUACUCACUGUUGCUGUUUUGUAAAAGUUGAGUGUUUACUGAACGUGCCUCGUAAGAGUAAUAGAUUUGCUACUGAAUACUUGGAUAUCAAAUUGAAAAAUAAAAAUAAUCCUGUUAGGAAUCAG